AUGAUUGCACUAAUAUUUGGAAUAACAGGUCAAGAUGGUUCAUAUUUAAGUGAGCUUUUAUUAGAGAAGGGUUACGAAGUACAUGGAGUAAUAAGAAGAUGUAGUUCAUUUAAUACAAAAAGAAUUGAUCAUAUUUUUGAUAAGUUAAUUUUGCAUUAUGGUGAUGUAAUUGAUAGUAGUAGUAUAUGCUCAUUAAUAUCUGAAAUUAAACCGACUGAGAUUUAUAACUUAGCAGCCCAAAGUCAUGUGAAAGUUAGCUUUGAGCUACCUGAAUAUACAGCUGAUGUAACAGGUAUAGGAACUUUAAGAAUAUUAGAAGCAAUAAAAAUGUCAAAGAUAAAAAAUGUAAAAUUUUAUAAUGCAUCAACAUCAGAAUUAUUCGGUAAAGUAAAGAGUAUUCCUCAAAACGAAGAUACUCCUUUUUAUCCUGUUUCUCCUUAUGCUAUUGCUAAAUUAUAUUCACAUUAUAUAACAAUAAAUUAUAGAGAAUCAUACAAUAUGUUUUGUGUUAAUGGAAUUUUAUUUAAUCAUGAAAGUCCUAGAAGAGGAGAAACUUUUGUUACAAGAAAAAUAACCAGAGGAAUAGCAAGAAUUCGCAAAAAUUUACAGAAUUUUAUAACAUUGGGUAAUAUUGAUACAUAUAGAGAUUGGGGACAUGCAAAAGACUAUGUAUAUGCAAUGUAUUUGAUGCUACAGGAAAAUGAACCUCAAGAUUUUGUUAUUUGUUCUAGUGAAAAUCAUUCGGUUAGAGAAUUUUGUGAAAUUUCUUUUUCAUUUGUAGGCAUAUAUAUAAAAUGGAUUGGAGAAGGAAUUAACGAAGUAGGUAUAUGUCAAAAUAAUAAAAUAGUUAUUAAUAAAAGCAACAAAUAUUUUAGAAAAUGUGAAGUUAAUACAUUACUAGGUGAUUUCUCAAAAGCUAAAAAAAUUUUAAAAUGGGAGCCAACUUACAAUUUUACUCAACUUAUAUAUGAAAUGCUAAAAUAUGAUUUUGAAAAUUAUAAUAUACCUAUAGAUGAUUAUGAAACAUGCUUAAAAAGAUAUGAAAAUUAUAAAAAUACCAAAGUUUUAAAAUAG